UAUAUGUUGACAUGCGCCGUAAACGGGAAGAUGAUGCGGGAUAGUCAAACAACAAAAUGGCUGCCAAAACUACAUUGAGAAUGGUGAUCGGAGAUUAUCGGUGCGGCUGGCCGAGUGAUACACAACGGAGAGCUUCAUGAGAACCGAAUAUAUUACACUCCAUUAUUUCCUCUAUCCAUUACACACAACAUGACUACAAGAAAUCGUCUCUGAUAAUUUAUUUACAUUUUUUUUUAAAAUCCGGAUUAUAUUUUCAUUUGAAGCAACGAAAGGGUAUUUUCUAUCUAUCUUAUACAUACAUGUAUAUUCCCCUUUUCUAUCGUCUUCUCUUCUCUGUUUUGUUUGCAUUAACGAUUGUUGAUUGGCGUUACAGCCCUGCCCACCUCUGCAACCAAAUAUCUUUUUACUGAAUGUGUUUCCACGAAAUUGUCUACAGUUCAAUGUAUGAUUUGCUGAAAGCUUGCUGCAACAACAAAACAGUUUAUUAUUGAUAUUAUUAUCAUCAUAUAAUAUUUAUAAUACUGCUUGUUACUUCAGAACUGUCGGAAGGAAGUGUUAUUGUUAUCAAAUUCCCGGUCGAAGCCAUUCCACUUACGUUGCCUCAUAAAUACCCUUAGCGAAGGCAUGAGCAUCCUAACAUCCCGUUUUCUCACAACUCCUGUCAAUCUAAGACGUUGUUCCACUCGUAAAAAAAGACUCCAGUUUUAUUAUAUAGCGAAAUACCAAUAUUUUCUUUAAUUACAAGUUUGAAGUUACCACACCUACCCACCGGAGAGAAACACGCACAUCUUCAUAUACAAAGAGAGAAGUAAUUUCCAACGAUCAAUUUCCUGUUAUUUUGGACUUGGAUUUAAAGAAAGUAAAAAAGAAAAGAAAAGAAAAGAAAACAACGCCUUUGCUCUCAUAUGUUAACAUUCUCUAAUAGUUGAAACCCUACGGCAGCAAAGAGAACGAGUGAUUGAGUGGGCAAAAUUAUUUGUAACUAACCCCUCAGCAAUAAGUUCAUCCCAAGGGAUUUUACAGUUUUGGUCAUCCAGUUAAGAAACAAGUCAAUACAUACUUCAUCGAACAAACCAAUAACCAAACUGUCGUGUUUUCCCUUUCCUUCUGUCAAACGUCUAAAUUCAAUCAGAAUAAGGGUGUGUUGUGUUGUAUCGUGACACAAGAUCCAGUAAUUGUAUAUAUACACACAGACACCCACAUGUAGGCUUUUACGUGCUUGUAUCUCAAUUUCAACAGUGUGCUACACACACACAGGAGUACAACAGGAUUUCAUUUUGUUGUGUGUGUAUAUAGUAGUAGUGGUGUUGGUGCCGUAAUUCGUUGGAAAUUCAUUCUCAACGGAGACAAAAAGAACCACAACAAAAAAAAGUACAAAUUAUAUAUCACACUAGAAAAAAGACAUUAUGUCAUUCUUCAGUAACUUUAAGAAAAUCUUCCGCCUUAGUGGUGCCGACGACGAUUUGAAGAAGAAAAAGAACAUUCAUCCAUGUAUCAAAACAGAUGUCGACCCCAAACUAUACUGGGAUAUAAUCGGCGAGUUGGGAGAUGGAGCUUUCGGAAAAGUAUACAAGGCCCAGAACAAGCAAACUGGAGAAUUUGCAGCAUUGAAGAAAGUUGAGAUAAAGACUGAAGAGGAUCUUGAGGAUUUUACUAUUGAAAUAGACAUCCUCUAUGAGUGCCGGCAUGAAAAUGUUGUUGCUCUUCAUGAAGCUUAUUUUUAUGAUGAUUUUCUUUGGUUGUUGGACUGCAGCCAUGUUGAGGAAUCAUCUUGAAGAGUUUUGAUCAAGCAUAUCGACCCUAGUACUUAUUUUUCUUUUUUAAGUCUGAUACUUAUUCUAUCGAUCUUAUUUUUUGAACUGCUAAGUUACAAAGAUGUAAGCAAACCAACACCAGUUGUCAAGCAGUGAAGGAUGGGGCAAAGACUCAAACACAUAUGACAGGCUUCUCCACAGUUUUUAUCUACCAUAUUCACUCACAAGGCAAUGGUUGGCCUGAAGUUAUGGGAGAAGACACUUGCCCAAAGUGCUCUGCUGUGGGACUGAACCCAAAAUCGCAUGGUUUUGAAAUGAACUUGUUAACCAAAUAGCUAUCCCUGCAUUGAUAUUCCAUGACUUAUUAAUUUAUAUUAUUUAGAUAAAUGUUACAACUCAUUACAUUUAUCACUGUAACAUUACUUUCUAAUCCUUUAUUUUUCAAGCUGUACACUGAGGCCUUCUAAAACAACUCACUGCAUUUAUCUCUUCUACCAACCACAGACUAUACUAAACAUUAUCUUCAGCUUGUCCUCAUCUGACUAGCACUCCUCUCUGAACUUUCUUAUUCAGAGUUUCCUUUUUAAAUGCUAACUGGCAACAGCUUGUAUUUGAUAUCAACCAUACCAACCUCACAGAGUUGCCUGUAAUAGCCUAGGAAGAUCUGAAAGCUAGUGGCACUUUCUAGCUUCUUCAGACUAGCUAUUUAAAGUAGAAUUUAGUGAAGAAAAUGAGAUUUUUUAGAGAUAUUAUAAGAGUUAGCUUUGGAUUAUAAAAAUGGAAAUUGCUUUCUAAUGUUCAUUAUGUUUUUGACUAAUUUUCUAUCAAGAUCUAUAUGACAAUUCAUUUUAUGGUUUUGGUAUCUUCAUAGAUUCCACAUCAAUUCCUCUUUAUGGUUAGGAUUAAGUGAGCAUGAGUACCUGCUCAUACCUUGUGAACAUGUGUCACCUUUUAUGCCAGUGUCUAUUUAUUAAGAAUAUAAAUGAUUAAUUUCAAAGCUACUUGUCCUUUUUUAUUGUGUAUUCUCCAUGUCUUCACCCAACAUGCAUCGUUUGUUUCUAUGAUGUAUUUCUUUAUUCAUGGAAGAAUGAACUAGUGACAGACCUUUGGAAUAGUUACUCGUCUAACCUGCUCAGUGUCACAGCUGAAUUUCUCUCAAUACAGUCUACAUGACCUUGCUAGAAUGCCACUAAGUUACUCUUCAGUUGACUGCCUUCGUUUCAUAGGUAUAUUGACAGUGUCUACUCAAUAAAAUAAGACAAGCAAUAACAAUGCAUGCAGUGAUGCUACAUGAACUAAGUUUGAAUAAAGAAUGGAGUACCUGUGGUUGGAAUGCUUUUGUUCACAGGUCUGCUCAAUCAGCACUGAAUUAAACAAUAACUACCUUCUUAGUAUUGUGUAAAGAUGAUGUUUUUGUAAAAAUAUAGAGCACUUUUUAUACACUGGCUAAUCCAACAUAAAUAUAAUGCUGUUUAUACCCAGUUGUUCUUUUAACAAUUAGUGUUCAAUUUAUUCUUGGGCAAGAAGUGAACUUUUUUUGUAACAACUUUUACUCUUUUGUUACCAUAUUUUUGUUGAAAAUCUUUGUUUCAAUUAAUUUUGAAAAUAAUAAAGAAUUUAUAAGCUGGUGUUUGCAACAUAAAUUAACAUGGAAUUUUGAUGGAAGGUUUUAAGAUCACUUUAGAACAGGAAGUUUCUGUCUUAGAACUAGGAGUUGUUUUAGGCAAGUUGGUGUCAGAAGCAUUAAUAAAACUGUAAUGUAAGAUGGUAGUAAGGAAACAAGCUAGUUAACAUAAAUUAGCAUGGAAUUUUGAUGAAAGGUUUUAAUUCAGAUCACUUUAGAACAGGAAGUUACUAUCAUAGAACGAGGGGUUGUUUCAGGCAGGUUGGGGGUUAAAAGGUUUAGGUAUUUAUCUGUAAUGUAAGACGGUACUAAAGAAACAAGCUUGUUUUAAUAUGACACUUGUGGAAUUGUUUCCUUGUAUAAAUUAUUAAUAUUUUGUAUUAGUCAUGGUUUCACUGUUUGUUCUACUUUAAUCUAACUAAUUAGUUGUAUUUAAAACCUAUCUAAUGUUUUACCCCCCUGUUAAUCAAAAUAUGU